CUCCCCCUCGCCCCCACUGCCUGGACAUGAGGUCGUUCCGAUCAUUCGCAAACGACGACCGCCAUGUCAUGGCCAAGCACGCCAGCAUCUAUCCGGCCCCGGAGGAGCUGGAGGCCGUGCAAACACUGGUGUCCGUCGUGGAGGGAGCCCUCAAGAAAGUCUCCGAUUGGAUGGAUGGCCUCAACAAAUCCUCAGGGAAGACGUCCACCAAUAACGAGGCAGGGGACAACACGGUGGAGGAAGAUGCUGCUGAGACAAAGCCGGACGGUACGUCAGUGCUGUGCGGGGUGACGCGUGUCAGCCUGGUGGCCAAAGGCCUGCUGAUCAAAGGGGACAUGGACCUGGAACUGGUGCUGAUGUGCAGAGAGAAACCCACCAAACUGCUGCUGUACACCAUCAGCGCCAACCUCCCCCUGCAGAUCCAGACAAUGACGGAGGACAAAUACGAGGUGCAGUCAUGUGUGCCUGAGGCAGCUAUCCGGGUCUGCGGCACCAAAAACCCUCAACUCGCGCUGAAGAUCACCCUCUCCUCCUUAGCCAUGAGGGAGGAACACAGCACCACAGAAGAAGAGGAGGGCGAUCGGGACGUGGACAAGGAGGAGCCGGGGGAGGAGGAUGCUGUCCUGGACAGGCACAAGUGCCAGGCUGCGCUGGCUUCACUCCGACACGCCAAAUGGUUCCAGGCCAGAGUCACGGAUCUUAAGUCCUGCGUCGUCAUCUUGAGGAUCCUCAGAGACAUGUGCAACAGACUGCCAGUGUGGCAGCCUCUCAAAGGAUGGUCUCUGGAGCUGAUCUGCGAAAAGGCCAUAGCCACCUGUAACCGGCCGCUGGGUCCAGGUGAGGCCCUGCGUCGCGUCAUGGAGUGCAUUGCCUCGGGGAUUCUCCUGCCAGGAGGUCCGGGAGUUCACGACCCCUGUGAGAGGGAACCUACAGAUGUCCUGUCUGACCUCAGCGCCCAGCAGGCCGACGCCAUCACACACAGCGCACAGCAUGCGUUACGCCUCCUAGCCUUUGGACAGCUUUACAAGGUUUUGAAUAUGGAUCCUCUCCCCGCCAGCAAGACCUCACCGAGGCUGUUAGAAGGCGGCUGUCAUAAGAGGCUUCGGGAGGACGUCGGGUCGGAGGACAGAGACUUCAUCAAAAGGAUGAAAGUCCUAGACUGGAGGAUGACGGAUCCAAACCACCCCAUGAACGCUCUGAUGCGUCUGAACCAGAUCCACCCAGGUCUUCAGUACCGCCUGCUGUCCCAGUCCGGCCCGGUCCACGCUCCGGUCUUCACCAUGUCCGUGGACAUUCAGGGAACCACCUACCAGGCCGCCGGGAACUCCAAGAGAACUGCCAAGCUCCAAGUAGCCCUUAAGUCCAGAGCUCCAGGUCCGAUCCUGACGGCGGGAGGUAAAAACCCGGUGAUGGAGCUGAACGAGAAACGCCGCGGCCUCAAAUACGAGCUGAUAUCAGAGAGCGGCAGCAGCUAUGACAAACGCUUCAUCAUAGAGGUGGAGGUGGACAAGCAGGUUUUUCGGGGGACGGGUCCCAAUAAGAAAGUAGCCAAAGCCAGCGCCGCGCUGUCCGCCCUGAACAGCCUGUUCUCCGGCUCCAAAUCGACGACCACCAAGAAGAAACGGCCCAAUCCUCCUCCGAAGCGACCCGUGGCCUCGGUGCUGACCCUCCCGGCCCUUGCCGCCAGACCUCCACGGGUCCCCGUUAUCCACAGAGCUCCCUACAUCAGCACCCCACCAACACAUGGAUACAUCCCCCCAGGUUUUGGUGCUCCUUAUGGUUACAGCCCUGCGGGCGCCCUCCCUGCCUACAGUUUUCCCUCCAGAAUGCCCUCAGUAGUUGUCCCAGUCAUCAGAGUCCCCCCAGCAUACCCCGUCACCCACCUCUACCCCUAUUAGGACUCUCCCUCACCCAUCUCACAGGAAGUCACUUGUUAAAGGAAUAUCCUGCUUUUGACUGCGUGCUCACGCCACAAGCUUCAUACUGCAAAAAACUCCGAUACUGAAAUCCACAAACUUUGAAACCACUUUUCCUUAUCAGUACAACUGCGCUACAGCGGCAACCGCGUACAUUUAAAUUGCCCAUCAGAAAGUUGUGCAGCAGUGUUAUAACUUUGAUCUUUAGACCAUUAUGCAGUGAAAAACUGAGUUCAGCAUUAAGUGAGCUGCACUGUGUUAAAGACUUGCCAGAUAAAUAUUACAUAGGAGGGAAGCCAACACCUGCUCUAUGGUACUAAAUGAAAAUCUACUGUAGGGAACUAAUUAACAACCUGCCAUACAGCAACUACUCAAUAUUAAUUGUAGGGAAAUAAACAUAUACCCUGUUGGGAAGUAAAGAAACAGCCACCUUAGGAAGCUAAACAUCCCCUGUAGGGGACAAAAAAAAAAAAACACCAACCCUACAACAGCUAAAUAUCAAAUGUAGGAAACGAAAUUCUAAUCCACAGUAAGCAACUUAAAAUACUUUGUUUGGAAUGAAAGAAACACCUGCCAUACACAGACUACGAAAAUACAAUGUGGCGAUGAAGUAAUUAGAAACUGUAAGAAUCUUAACAAGUUCUGCAGGGAACAAAAAACAUACACCAACCUCUACAGUAAAUGGCCUAUGUAUGAAUAUUAAAAUAUUCACUGAAAAACCUAAACAUCCUCUGUGGGAACUAAGUGUAGAUCCACAGUAGGGAUAUAAACAUACACUGUAAUGAACUAAAAAAAAAAAAAAAAAAAUCCUCUGUAAGGGAAC